GUUUCUCCUGCGGUGAAACAAGGUAGGGAACUUGAAGUUUAUAUCAAAUCAUAUGAAGUGCGAGUUAAUUGUAUCAAACAAGCAUGCCCCUAUUUCACUGUAUAUAUAUAAAGAAUAUUAUACACAUCGGGGCGAAGAUAUGAUUUUUAUCUUCGAGUGGUGAAAACAAUAUUUUAUAUAGUAAGGUUAGUUUACGUUGUUCGAGUAUGUCUAGUUUAUAAUUUAUGGCUAUUUUACAUUGUUCGAUUACAUAGUAUCUUUCAAGCGGAAUUUGUUGGUGGUAUUUUCGUAUUUCGACUGCAAAUACUCGCAGAGUUCUGUAAUAUUUAAUCUUCCCGUCAUAUGUGUCGAAAAUCUAUAAUUCCGGAUCGAAUGGUGUUAAGGCCGUUUUCCAUAUUAACGUUCGCUUUGCCCGCGCGGGCGAAGCGUUCAUCGUUCUUGACGCCCGUCACACCCGCGUGAGCAGAUUUUCAAAGCCCGCUCCGCCCGCGCGGGCAAAGCGACUGCAAUGGGAACAGGCCUUUAAGCCAAUCACAACUUGCUCAGAAACAUCAUUGAACAAUGACGUCAGAGAUCAUGGGAAGGGUACAUAGAGAUUCAAAGGGUAUAUAGAGAUACAGUUAUAUAUAGAUGCACAGUUCGCGUCACAACCUGGUGCGCACGUUGGCUGUUCUCACCAUGUCAUGACGUCAUCUCUGUAUGUACCAAACUGUACAGGCAGCGGGAAAAUAUUGUAAAAGUACGACAUAAUAUUAAGCAGGCUAUAGGCACUUAUUUGAAGAAGGUUUUCUUUUUCGAGCAUAAAAAACAUCUGGCACCCAAAGUAAACUGAUGCACAUUAUUCAAGUUUCCAUAGUAUUGUAGUUACCAAUUUCAGUCGCUCAUAUUCUUCCAAUCUUGCUUAGAUAAUUAUUCUAAUUUUAUGUGUACUUACAUCUACAUUCUUGAGGCACCUUAGGCUUAACAUGAGAGGAGUGUAUUCAUUUUAUGAGUCAAGCUCGAGCCCGAGUCAAGCUCGAGUCACGAGGCCAAUUCGAGUCAAGCUAAAAAUUUCUAACUGUAUACAAUCGCCUACACACUUCCCAGAAAAGCUUUCUCACAUCCUCGACAUACAUCCGAAAUCAACUAUUAUACUUCCUGUUUUCCUCAAAAAUGAAGGUUACCAGCCUGUGUGCGGGUUAUAUAUAUGAAAUUGAAACAAUGGCCUCUGGGUGAAGGUAUAGUAAAAGCAUGGUUUUCUUAAAAAUAUGUUUGCAAUCUGUUUCAAUCAUAUUAUAAACCGUUACUCGAAGUGUGCAGUUUUUCAUCUACUUGUCUUUUAAGGUCCAUACAUGCAGAGCGGACGCGAUUCGGCAACGCGAAUUUUCAAUGACAUUUAACUUCAAUAUUUUUCUAUAUUUUUCAAAUAUUCGGAACCACUUAAGCAAUUUUAACUAUUUGGUCUGCAUAUUUUGUAAAAUUUUUAACCGUUCACAGUUUUAUUUGUUUUUAAAAACUGAAAAUUCGCGUCGUGUUGCCGAUUCGCGUUUGGUCUGUGUGGGCCGCUAAGGUGGCUUGCUACACUUUUUUAAAAACUAAGGAUUUUCUGAUUUGAAUAUGAAUUUCUGGAGAAUUAUUAUUUGUUUUAAAACAGAGAGUAUCUGAUUGGUAAUAACACAAUAACUAAGGAGUUCGGAAUUUAAAAAAAACUCCUAACUGCCGUUGUUAUGGCAACAAUGACGUCACAAUAUGGCGGAUAUUUUAAGUUUAAAGUAACUUAACUUAGUUAAAAUUUGAGUAAGUAAUACGUUUCUUUACGUCUAAAAUUAUGGUAUUACAACAAUAUUCAAAUAUAGGCUUUGCAAAGGCUGCACAAAACGGUUGUCGGCUUACCUGCUCGCAAAUUAGGAAUUACCGGAUUAAAUUAAUUUCUCACAAACAGAAUUCCCAUAGUCGUUGUCUCACUUGUCUGUACAUUGGCUCGUCCACAGUCCCAUAAAUAUAUAGCGGUUCCAUGGCCUUUGCCGUAAAAGGACGCCCAGGCAUACGGGAAUAAACCAUCGCAUUCCCAUCAUUCAACGUGAGAUAAGCGACUGGGCCGAGUCAGUUUGUGGAACAACAAACAACAAGCGACGGUGAGAAUGUAAAUAAAGAAAGAUGCGCUAUUUCAUAAAGUAUAUUUACCUGCAUCAAAAUUGGAAAUUAAAAUAUCAAAAUUGUCAAAUUAGCGUAAAAGCGCAAAAACGAAGUUUAUAGGUUGACUCGAAUUUGAUCGUGACUCGAAAUUGACUCGUGACUCGAAAUUGACUCGCGACUCGUGCUUGACUCGGGCUCGAGCUUGACUCGUGAAAUGACCUAUCUCACAUGAGAGUGACCUUCAAGGCUUUUUAUUUUAUCGAAACGUGAAAGUAAAACAAACAUCCAAGGCAGGGUCGGACCAAACGAAAGAUGCUAACAUUUCAAAUAUAAAUACAUAAUUGAAAAAGUUAUUUGCUUAUUUUGUUUCAGUUGAUCCUGUAGUGCAAUCAUUACUUAAAAAUUCAACCAUCUUGGAUGAUGAUACUGACGAUGCGCAGCAACUAGUAGAGUGGAUGAAAGACAAGAAGUUUGGUUGGCAAAUUUGUUAUCGAGCCUCGGAAGACGGCUGGGGAUCAGCAGAUUUUCAUAGAAAGUGUGACGAUGUAGGACCCACAGUGACCUUGAUCAAAUGUGGAACUAACGUCUUUGGGGGUUUUACAGAUCAGAGCUGGAAAGUAUCAGGUAUCAAAUAUUGUCUUUGUCUUUUGAAAAUCCUAAGUAAACUAGUAUAUUCAAAAUACCAAUAUACCAUUUUUAUGUAACAGGACCAUGUGUGCAAACAGUAUUCAUCACAGCUCAAAAUUGUGUUGAUAACAGAGAUCUUGCUAUCGAACGUAUCGAUAAUAAAACCUAUAGAUAGAAUCGCUAAUCCCCAUCACAAAGCAGACUGAAAACGGACAAGCUGGGUAGUAGAGGUGUGCAAAUCCGAUCCGAUUCAGUUCGAAUUUCGGAACCAAAAUAUUCAUAUCGGAUCGGACUUCGAUAUCCGAACUGAUAAAAUGAAUUAAUUAUCCACGCAUUAUCGCAAGAAUUAAUUAUCCAUGCAUUUAUCAAAGCAUUCAUCGCGGUUGUCGCUGCACUAUUCGUUUGAUACUUCAAUUGGACGCCACUUUGUCAGCUUCUCGACAUGUAUUUCUUGCUUUUAUAUUUACUUGGUUAAAUAUUUCAACAUGAAUGAGAAAUUUAUUUUAUUUGAAGAAUUCUUCGGAUCGGAUCGGAUUGGAAUUCUUUAUCAAAACUCGAAUCGGAUCGGAUUAGACAAUUUCGGAUCGGAUUUUAAACAUUAGCCAAUUGUCGGAUUAUAAACGUCCAAUCCGAUCCGAUGCACACCUCUAUACUGGGUAGCUACAGCGCAGGGUUAAGAAUGUUUACUCCGACCACGAGGACAACGCAACCGUAAUAGAAUAUCCCUAAGCACUAAACAGAUUGCUUACUUGCCACUUGCCACGUAUACUGCAAGUAUUCCUCCACGCGUAUCAAAAAUUAUUCAACAUGUAAAGCUAUUGUUUAAAAUUAAAGGCCACGGAUGACAAGAAAAGCUUUCGACUGAAAAGCACCGCACAUCGUAGUCUUCUUCUGCUUAGGAAAUCGAUUACGAAUACAUUUUGCUAAGCAUAUAGCUCUAGAGUGCGCUGGGCUAAAAACUAAUUAUAUGAAAAAAUGUUCUUUUCUUUAAGCUCAAUGCGGUGGAUGUAAACGUUCCAAUCUUUCAUUUGUAUUCUCGCUUCGAAAUAAGGAAAAAUUGCCGCCGUUCAAAUGCCCAAUUAAGAAUGAUCAAAUUGACAAAGCUAUCUGGUGUCAUCCAAGCAAUGGAGCAAACUUUGGUGGUGGUAAUCUGUACAUCGCUAACAGUGCUAACACAAACCAAAUGUCGUACGCCACGUGUUUUGGAAGUGUUUACAAACUUCCCCAAGGAUACCAACCUUGCACUCCACAAACCCAAUCACUGCUUGCGGGAAGCGAAAACUUCACACCAACAAAGAUAGAAGUUUUUUGUUAGAAAAAGGUACAAAAUUCAAAACUGAACACUAUAGCUACCUCUUUUCAGUAGAACUUAUGUCAAUUUACGACGCGUUUCAUGAAACCUGAUAAGGGACCGUUCAUUAUUUAUACCAGGGGUUGGUGCCGAAGAGAUAUGGGUUGGGUAAUCAAGUUUUUGACUAGCUCAUGGGUUGGGUAGAAAAAUUAUGGCUGUCUGUCAGCUAUAAAAUCAAAUAAAAUUACCAUGCAUUGGAAAAUCUGAAGAAAAAUGUACAAUUAACAUUCUGUACCAAUAUAGACCAUCAGUGAUUGAGGAAGGACUCUAUCAUUGAUCAGCAGAAACGGGAUUGCUUUGGCACACUCAGUGAAUUUGAGUGUGAGUGAGCUUUUAAAAUUUAGGCAACUUGAUUUCUGUCACCAUAAUCUCGUGUGUUUAAUUAUUAUGAAGUACAGUAACACAUGGGUUGGGUAAACAUUAUUUUGACCAAUGUUGAGGUUGGGUAAAUAAAAAAUUUACAGUGUUUUUCGCUUCUCUUCGGUACCAACCCCAGGUAUAAAUAAUGAACGGUCCCUAAGCUAGCUAUACCAUAAAGUUGAAUACGUUUUGUACAUCCAGUUGUACUACGCUAAGUUUAAGAAUGCUUAAAAACGUAAAACACAGUGUUAUUUUGUUGCAUUUCGAGAGACCGAUUGAGUAACUAUAAGGACUAAUAUUUUGACGCGGUAUAUACGUUAGAUUAUUUUUCUUUUUUCAUUGAAAAAGACGUUGAAAUUAAGAAACCGCGACACUCAGUUUACAGUAAAUGUUUAUUUUCCGGCACUAUAUCUUUAAAGAUUCUACUAAAAACAUUUUAUUUUGGGAAGCUCCCGAAAACAGCAAAAUAUUCUGCAAAAAUAAAUACUGUUGUAGAAACAUAACUUUUAGGCAGCUAGCGAAAGCCGUUGCAAAAAAAUUAGUCAGCAUGCAAAAGUAAGAUUUUUUAUCCGUAUGCCGAAGCGCCUGCCGUAAACCUCCGAAUAUAAACCCCCGGCCCUAGCUCCAUGCACUCCCCCUAUGUAUAAGCCCACAAAAAAUACCUACGAACGAAUAUAAGCCCAUGCAGCCCUUAUAUUCGGAGGUUUACAGUCAGGGCCGUAUUGACCGGGAGGUGUCACACAACCCCCAAUAAUUGCGAGAUAAGUUUAAUUAAAAAUUCAGGUAAAAAACGUGUCCAUGUCUGAAGUCGGUGAAGUAUUAGCAUAAUAGCAUUUAAUAUAAGAUUUAUUAUAAGUUUAGCAGCAGGGACGAUACUAAAAUAUUUGAGAGAAUGAAAAAUCCAAUAUCCGGAAAAUGUUGUAUAUAAUGUCCGGAACAAUGUUUUAACCCUCCGACUUUGCUCGCAGGGUAUUGUUUGAACUGCUAAAAACAGUAACCCGCCAACAUAACGCAGGUUUUGAACAUGACUUUACGCCUUAUGAAUACUUUCUCUAAAACGCUGAUUAACUACAAUUAAAAAAGCCCAGCACGAAAUGCAUUUCUAGGUGUGGAAAAAUACAAACAUUAUAG